GAAAGGGGAAGUAGCUCUACACCUUCACCAUGAGUUCUCUAACCAGGUCGAAAAGAUUCUCGACGGGGAGUGAAGCAUUGGCUCUGUUCAUUGGCUUGAGCAAUGCGACUUCGAGACGGUGGGGACCUUGUUCUCCCUGCCGGUACAAUUCUACGACUUCUACCGACACAUUUACAAUAGAAGGGAAAUCCUACCCCAAAGACUCCUGGCACAAUCUCCCUCCAAACAUCACAUUCUACAUCUCCCGCCGUCUGCACACAACCAAAGACCACCCAAUCUCCAUCACCCGCUCAAUAAUCGAAUCCCGGUUCCCCUCUCCAACCUACAAAUACCACAACAAAUUCUUCCCCAUCGUCACGACACAUCAAAACUUCGACUCCCUCGGCUUCCCGCUCGAUCACCCCGGCCGCUCAAAAACAGACACAUACUACAUCAACUCCUCCACCGUCCUCCGCACCCACACCUCCGCCCACCAAGCCGACACCUUCCGCUUAAACGCAAGCGAAGGCUUCCUCAUCUCCGCAGACGUCUACCGCCGCGACGCCAUCGACAGGAGUCACUAUCCGAUCUUCCAUCAGAUGGAAGGCGCGCGGAUGUGGGACCGCAGGACGGUACCCAACGGCGACAUUGCCGCCGCCGUCUGGGCCGAUAUCGAGAGAUUGCCGAAACAUGAUAUGAAAGUCGAGGAUCCGAAUCCGCCGACGCAUGCGGAGCGGAAUCCGCUGCAGAAGGAACAUAGGCGGGAGGAGGCGGAGGCUAUUGCUGCGCAUCUGAAGAGGAGUUUGGAGGGCGUGGUGGUGGAGAUCUUUACGAGGGCUAAGCGGGCUGCUUUGGCUGCGGAUCCGGGGUUUAGGGAUGAGCCGUUGAGGGUGAGGUGGAUUGAGGCGUAUUUUCCGUUCACGAGUCCGAGUUGGGAAUUGGAGGUGUUUUGGCAGGGAGAUUGGUUGGAGGUUUUGGGGUGUGGGGUUGUGAAGCAGAGUUUGUUUACGAAUGCUGGCGUGCCGGAUCAACUUGGGUGGGCGUUCGGGAUCGGGCUGGAAAGAAUCGCCAUGCUGCUCUUCGAGAUUCCAGACAUUCGACUUUUUUGGUCUAAAGAUCCUCGGUUUUUGGAUCAGUUUAAAGGAGUUUCCGAUAACUUCAAUAAUCUGCGCAAAUUCGUGCCCGUUUCCAAAUACCCAGCUUGCUACAAAGACGUAGCCUUCUGGCUGAAAUCCAGCUCGAGCGCAGCGGGAGGUGGAGGGAAAGAAAUGGAGUUCCACGAAAAUGAUAUCAUGGAGAUAGUACGAGAUGUGGCCGGAGAUGUGGCGGAGGAUGUGAGGAUGACGGAUAGCUUUACGCAUCCGAAGACGGGGAGGAGGAGUAUGUGUUAUCGGAUCAAUUAUAGGAGUUUGGAGAGGACGUUGACGAAUGAAGAGGCGAAUGAGGUGCAUGAGAGGGUUAGGGGGAAGUUGGUUGAGAAGUUGGGGGUUGAGUUGAGGUGAUAGAUGUAUGAGAUGAAAAGGGAUAUCAAGAUUUGAGGUGAGAUGUGGAUAUAGAUGUAUGAAAAGACGGAAUGUAAAGAUACCAAAAGCUGGUUGUAUAUUAUGCUCAAUACCCAAUUUAUAUACUCUUCUCGCCGAAGAUUUCUAUGAG